AUGAGUCUCCUUCCGCCCAACGAUAGCAUCGUGUCAAAGAUGCGUGAAAUCGAUAUCAUGUUGCAUGAACGGAUCACUUCAUUAGGAUGUGAAGUAGGAGAAGCAGAUCCCUCUCCAUCAGGGAGUGUAGCGCCGACUGGAUCUGCCCAAGCGGCCCUUACGAUUACACGAAGAACAUCAGUUUCAGCUACAGAGAAUGGCGACCUGACUGGACAUCACACGAUAUAUCAUCAAGAUAUGAGCAUCACCCCAGAAGAGAUAGACAGAUUUGGACAGCGGCCACCCCCUCUUCAAAUGGUUGCAGUUCAGCCAUCGAUUUCCACUCCUGGUAUCAGGGGAAAUAGGCGGAGAGGGCGCUUCAGGAGCUCUACAUUGAACAAGAUGGACCCCACGCCUGUCAAUACACCGUUUUUGGGCAAACCGAUGAGAUAA